AUGUCUUCCACCGACUCAGGUCAUGUCUGCAUCGUUGGAGUUGGAUUCGUCGGUGAAUCCCUCCUUCGCGAAUUCAGCCAUGUUCACCCUACCAUGGGCUUCGACAUCUCUGAGAACCGCAUCAAGGAUCUCCGAACCAAGUAUGCUGGACAGAAGGACCUCAUCCUCACCACCAAUGAAGCCGACUUGAAGAUGGCCAACCAUUACCUCAUCUCUGUCCCAACCCUGCUCAAGGCGGACCAUUCGGUCGACUUCUCUCACCUGAAGUCUGCUCUUUCCACCGUCUUCCGCUAUGCACGCCCAGGAAACACCAUCGUCAUUGAGAGUAGUGUCUCUGUUGGCACCACUCGCCAACUCUUCCAAUCCACUCAACAUAUCUUCCACUGCGGCAUGUCUCCUGAGCGUGUCGAUCCCGGACGCACGUUCCCUGCGGCAAAUGACAUUCCCAAGGUCAUCUCAGGGUUGACCCCAGAGUCGUUGAACGUCAUCGAGACCCUGUACUCCAGUGUCUUCAACCAGGUCGUCCCUGUGUCAUGCCCUGAGGUCGCCGAGAUGACCAAACUGUUCGAGAACUGCUAUCGCAUGAUUAACAUUGCCUACGUCAAUGAAAUCAGUGAUGCAUGCCGAACUCUGGGCUUGAACCCCAACGAGGUGAUCGACGCUGCCUCCACCAAGCCUUACGGCUUCCAAACUUUCCGUCCAGGCCUAGGUGUUGGCGGUCACUGCAUUCCCGUCAACCCUUCCUACCUCAUGGUGACGUGCCCCAACCUGCCAAUCCUUGAUCAGUCUACCACCCUCAUGAGGGAGCGACCAAGUAAGCUGGCUCGGGAGCUUCACGGUCAUGUUUCCUCGUCUGCACUUGCAUCGACAGCUCUGCAGCCACGGGUCCUUGUCAUUGGUGUUGGCUUCAAGCCUGGCCAGUCUGUCAUGUCACACUCGCCUGGCAUUGACUUUGCCACUGAGCUUCACAAGCUGGGAUGUGACAGACUUUCAUUCUACGAUCCCUUGGUUGCGCAACCUGCCCUCCCUUGGAUGGAGAAGCUUGAGGAAGAUGCUUUCAAUGCCGACGACUUGGCAGCCGACUUUGACGUGGUGGCCGUCUGCUGCAGACAGCAUGGUGUCGACUUCAAAGUGCUUGACGGUCUCUCAAGCGAGAUGGUGUGGUCAUACGAUUGA